GAUUUUUGUCAACCAAGAACAGAAGCUGAGUCUGCAUUGGGCUCACCAAGACAUUUUAAGGCUGGAAAAACAUAGCCUGGGAAAUUUUCAUUUCUGAUGAGGGUCAGAAUUUGGAGCCUCUGGUGUGAAUCCUUAAACUUAACCUGGCUUGUUUCUAAAUUUCAGAUUUCCUGAAACUGAAGCUACAUUUCUGAACUGGUGAGGGCUGCAUUUGGAGCAGCAUUAUCAACGUGCCUUAUCUGGACGCAUUAUCAACGUGCAAAAUAUUUGGAUCUGUUAAUAACGUGAAUUAAUACAGUGGAAUACGUGCCUGACUCAACCUCUCCAAUGGAAUUGUUUUUUAAGGACUUGAUUUUUUUCUAAAGUAUCCAAAAUUUUGAAUUUGUAAGUAGUACUAGACACUAGCAUUUGAAGGGAAACAUUUCCUCAAAAUGGAUCAGCAAGCAAGUGGAGCAGAUGACCCCAAUAGACCCCCUAAAAAAAAAUCAAAUGAGGAUGAUAGUAAAAACAAAAAGCUGAACAUACAUAUUAAAACAUUGGCUGAUGACAUGCGUGACAGGAUUACAAGCUUUCGAAAACAAGGCAUAAAGAAGGAGAAGCCUGUUAUCCAGCACCCAACAGACCCUAACUCCACGCAUUCUGAACUACCUGUACCACAGCCGCUUUUUGAUGAGCGUUCCUUAAACCUUUCUGAAAAAGAGAUUGUUGACUUGUUUGAAAAGAUGAUGGAGGAUAUGAACCUGAACGAAGACCGAAAAGCCCCCUUGCGUGAAAAGGACCUUAGCACUAAACGAGAGAUGGUUGUCCAGUACAUCUCUGCCACAGCUAAAUCUAUAACUGGGAGCAAAGUUGCGGGAGGGCUGAGAAACAGCAAGCAUGAGUGCACGCUGUCAUCACAGGAAUAUGUGCAUGAGCUGCGCUCUGGCAUUAAUGAGGAGAGGUUGUUCAACUGCCUUGAGUCUCUGCGUGUGUCUCUAACCAGCAAUCCUGUCAGCUGGGUAAACAAUUUCGGCCAUGAGGGUCUUGGACUGCUUUUGGAUGUGCUGGAGAAGCUUAUUGACAAGAAACAACAAGAGGUCAUUGACAAGAAGAACCAACACAAACUUAUCCAGUGCCUCAAAGCCUUUAUGAACAAUAAGUAUGGACUGCAAAGGAUACUUGGGGAUGAGCGAAGCCUACUCCUACUGGCCAGAGCUAUUGAUCCUAAGCAGCCGAAUAUGAUGACAGAGAUUGUGAAGAUCCUGUCUGCAGUCUGUAUUAUUGGAGAGGAAAACAUUCUGGAUAAGAUCCUGGCAGCCAUGACAAUUGCAGCUGAGAGAAAUAACAAAGAGAGAUUCACUUCAAUCGUAGAGGGUUUAGAGAACCAUGAAGCUCAGCAGCUUCAGACAGCCUGUAUGCAGCUAAUCAAUGCCCUGGUAACUUCUCCGGAUGAUCUGGACUUCAGAAUCCAUUUACGGAAUGAGUUUCUCCGCUGUGGACUGAAAAAGAUCCUGCCAGAGCUGAAAGAGACAGAAGAAUUGGACAUUCAGCUGAAGGUGUUCAAUGAGAAUAAGGAGGAGGAUUCUAUUGAGCUGUCUCACCGGCUAGAUGACAUCCGCAUAGAAAUGGAUGAUAUGGAUGAGGUUUACCACAUUCUGUCUAAUAUGGUAAAAGAUACAGGCUCUGAGUCAUAUUUACUAUCUAUUCUUCAGCACUUGCUGCUCAUAAGAAAUGACUACUAUAUCAGACCUCAAUACUACAAGGUAAUUGAAGAAUGUGUUGCUCAGAUUGUACUUCACCGAAGUGGAAUGGACCCUGACUUUGGUUACAGAGAGAGACUAGACAUAGACUUCACUCAACUCAUUGAUCAGUGUGUAGAUAAGGCCAAAUUGGAGGAAAGUGAACAGAAAGCGAUUGAAUUUUCUAAAAAGUUUGACGAAGAGUUCAGUGCACGACAGGAGGCUCAAGCUGAGCUGCAGAAACAAGAGGAGAAAAUCAAAGAGUUGGAGGGGAAGAUAAUUUCUUUACAGAAUCAGGGUGCAGCUGGAGGCCUCCAAGUAGGUGUUGUUUGUCUGCAGACACCAUCACCUCCUCCUCCCCCACCUCCUCCUCCUCCUCCAGGAGCACUCCUUCCACCUCCACCUCCUCCUCCUCCUCCUCUUCCAGCAGGUAUGGGACCUCUUCCACCACCAGGACCGCCACCACCACCUGGCUUUGGUCUGCCAUCUGCACCUCCUCCACCACCUAUUUUUGGAGCCCCAGGUCUACCUCCUGUACCUGUUGUCCCAAAACUCCCUUAUGGCCUACAGCCCAAGAAGACCUAUAAACCUGACACAGUGAUGAAAAGGGUCAACUGGUCCAAGAUAGUGCCUCAGGAGAUGACAGAGAAUUGCUUUUGGAUCAAAGCCAGAGAGGAAAAAUUAGAAAGUUCAGACCUAUUUGCCCAACUCUCACUUACUUUCUCAUCCAAGUCCAGAGUGCAAAAGGAAGUGGAGGAAGUGGAUAACAGGAAGAUACAAUUUAAGAAAAAAGCAAAAGAACUGCGAAUCCUGGAUGCGAAAACGGCCCAGAAUCUGUCUAUUUUCCUUGGAUCAUUCCGAAUGCCUUAUGAUGAGAUCCGGGAUGUUGUCCUGGAGGUGGAUGAGGAGAAGCUGAGUGAGGCGCUAAUCCAGAACUUGAUCAAGUAUCUUCCUGAACAGAAGGAGCUGAGCUCUCUGGCUGAGCUGAAGAGUGAGUACGAGGAGCUGUGUGAGUCAGAGCAGUUUGGCAUCGUGAUGAGCUCAGUGAAGCUGUUGCGCCCUCGUCUGAAUGGAAUCCUGUUCAAGCUGACAUUUGAGGAGCAAGUAAACAACAUUCGUCCUGACAUCAUGAAUGUCACUUUUGCAUGUGAGGAAGUGAAGAAAAGUGAGGGGUUCAGCAGGCUACUAGAAUUGGUACUGCUUGUGGGAAACUACAUGAACGCCGGCUCAAGAAAUGCUCAGACGUUUGGGUUUAACAUCAACUUCCUCUGCAAGCUUCGGGACACAAAGUCAACGGAUCAGAAUUCAACACUUAUGCAUUUCUUGGCUGAAAAGAGUGAGGAGAUGUAUCCAGAGAUCCUAAAGUUCCCUGAUGAACUGGCGCAUGUGGAGAAUGCCAGCAAAGUGUCUGCUCAGAUCCUUAAAGCCAGUUUGGACACUAUGGAGCAUCAGAUCAAGAGGCUGGAGAAUGACAUCCAGAACUUCCCAAAGACAGAUGACAAACAAGAUAAGUUUGUGGAAAAAAUGUCUGGUUUCUCCAAAUAUUCACGAGAGCAGUACGAAAAACUCUCCACUAUGCACAAGAACAUGCAGAAGCUCUAUGAGAGCUUGGGAAGCUACUUUGCCUAUGACCCACACUCCAUUAGCAUUGAAGACUUUUUUGGGGACCUGGCUAACUUCCGCUCCUGCUUCAUGGAGGCUGUUAAGGAGAACUACAAGAAAAAGGAGAUGGAGGAGAAGAUUAAGCGGGCCAAGCUAGCAAAGGAAAAAGCUGAGCGGGAAAAGCAGGAACGGCAUCAGAAGAAAAAGCAACUGAUAGACAUGAACAAAGAUGGAGAUGAGACAGGUGUGAUGGACAGCCUGAUGGAGGCCCUCCAGUCUGGUGCAGCGUUUCGUGAUCGCAGGAAAAGAGCCCCACGUACUGACAACCGCCGCAUUGGUUUGGAAAGAUCACGCUCACGGCACAACACAAACACUAUGGGUCGAUGAUUGAAAUCUGCCGGUGUGCAUUAUAGCCCAGUGCCAAAGUCCCAAGAGUGGGUGCAUAGUGGAGGCAAAAUAUGGAUAGCACAGAUUUCUGUGUGCCUUUCAGCAUGGCAGGAUCUUUAUAAUAUGUGUACACACACAAAAUAAUUGAAGACUGCGUUCUUCAGAUUUAAAGACUACAGACAAACAGCUUCACAGGACUGCUACUCUUACACUUUUACUAUUUUGCCUUACAGUAAAUGUGCAGCUUGUGUAUUACUUUUACCUCCAUAUUAUAUUAUUUUAAAGGGUUUGGUUUCACCUUUAUGCUUCCACUAAUGUUAAAUGUUUCCUGUUUUACAAUUAAUGUUUUGUUUAAUUGAUUCUUUGAUCUGUUUUCUGUUAUUUUAGAAAAAUACACAACAUUGUAUUUGAUAAAAUGUUGUUAGAAAGAGCUUCCAUACUGGUGUAUAUGGUGGGAUUGAGAUACAUGUAUACAUACACCUUAUUUGCUGUCAUUGAACAAAUCCUUGAUCUGAUUAGCUUUUUUUUUUUUUCAAUUUAUUGCUCAGACAUCUUUCAGUCUUGCCCUUCACUGAUCAUUGAUUAUGGGAUAUUCAUAUCAGCUCCAAUAGUUUUUUUUAUAUGUAACUAUUAGUAUUUUUUAAAUGGACUUACUUGCCCUCAAAACAUAAAGAAACUUAAAUCGCAGAGACUCGCACCAGGCUAAUGUAUUUAUUGUCUACAAAUACAGUAUCUCACAAAAGUCAGUACACCCCUCACAUUUAAGCAACCAUUUUAUUUUAGUAAAUAUUUUCAAAGUUUAAUACUAUAGAAAUAAAACUUGGAUAUAUUUUAGUUAUUUGCAGUAGUAUAGAUAUGCUGUCUUCUAAAAAUAACUCAACAUUGUCAAAAUAGCUAGCAACAAAAGUGAGUACACCUCAAGUGAUAGCAGCUGUACAUUGUUUAACCAUGCAAACACAUUACUAUUUUGACAAUAAUAGCUGUAUGUUGAGUUAUUAUCUCUUUCACAAGCCCUAAUGUCACCCCCCAGUUAAAAAAUUUUCAUGAUCAUGUCUAGAUGUCUAAAAUUAAAAGAUUUGGGACAUUGUACUGUUGAAAGUAACCUGUAGUAUUUCCUGUUUGUACUUUUUGGUUUAUGGUUUUCAUUUUAAUGUGUAUUUUCUUUCUUUCUGUGGCUAUACAGUGUGCACAAAUUUAUCUACACUAUUUCUAGAAAACAUUUCUUUUUCACUGUAUUAAAUUACAUUGUCAAUUCUUAAUUAAUGCAAUGUAAUCUAAAUACUUCAGAAAUUAUUGUAAAAUGAGUGACAUUGCAUUUAUGUUUGUUGUUACAUAAGAAGCAAAGCUGACAAAAUAAAUUGAAUGGUGUUAAAUAAAAAAAAUAAAAAAGACAAUGGAAAUUA